AUGGCAUCUCAAGACUCGACAAAAAUCCCCCUCGAGAUCGUCACUCCAAGGCUGAUCAUCCGCACAGCCGUCCAGUCAGAUGCCGAGGCUUAUCUGAGUUAUCUCACGAAUGCCGACAACUUCCCAUUCCAGGAACCCGAGAAGGACCUGAAGAUUGACAGGCUCCGCACGCGUAUUGACAAAUUCGCCGACUUCACGAGAAAGGGCGAGAACGGCUGGAUCGUCAUUCUCCUCCGAGACACGAAUGAGUUGAUCGGCAACGGCGGUUACAACACCUUUGAGUCCGUUGACCCCUCCGAGUUCCUUUCCGGGACGACGACCCUGCCGCCAGGGGAGAAGCGCAUGACGGACCUCGGCAUCGGCAUAGACCACAAGCACUGGCGCAAAGGCUACGGCCUUGAGGCACUCGAGGGCUUGAUCGAGCAUGCUCGGACAAACUUGGGCUGCGAGCUGUUUAGGACCGAGACGGGCGACGACAACCAGCCAUGGAGGUCGCUGAUGCGUACCGCCGGGCUCGGCGAAUUCGAAGCUCGCAAUAAAGCCAGCUACGACGCCAGUCAGGAGGUCUGGGUGUGGAAAUUCGACGCAGGCCAUUGGAACCAGUCGGUAAACAAGCUUAAGGAAGAUGGGAAAUGGCUCAUUUGA